AUGGAUGAAGUCACUGAAUUGAAUGCUCUUACCUUGGACCUCUCUUCGGUCACCUUGAAUAAUAGUCCUGACUCGUGGAAGUGGCUGGGUGAUAGCUCGGGAGUGUUUUCCGUCAGCUCUGUGAGGAGGUUAAUGGAGAAAAGUGCUCAUCAUGGCAGUAACUUCGUUUUGGAAUGGUGCAAAUGGAUCCCGAUCAAGUGCGAUGUUUUCGUUUGGAGAGCGGAGAUGGGUAGAAUUCCCACUGUGGAUGCGCUUCGUAGAAGGGGAAUUACCGUUGGUGAUGGUCUAUGCUCUUUAUGUCGGUCCGGGGAGGAGAGUGCGGAUCAUUUGUUUAUCUCGUGUGUUGUUGCUUCGACUCUUUGGCAGAAAGUUAGUCAUUGGUGCCGAAUUCCUCCUAUCUUCGCGUUCUCGAUUCGAGAACUGCUGGAGCUUCAUAAAACUGGGAAUUUCAAGGCUGGGGAGAAGUUCGCGUUGCAAGGCAUCAUCCGAGUGGGCUGCCGGUGUCUCUGGUUAGCGAGGAACAACGCCAUUUUUUCGGAUAAGGAGGUCAAGGCUUUACAAGUGAAAAGCAUAAAGUUUUUUGGUAAAGUAAGACUACAUAGAGUCAUGGGCAAUGGUAUGAGGGCAAAGCUCUGCCAUAUAAGCACCACAUAG